UUAAAUCAGUUAUUUUAAUCAGUUAAUGUUGCAUGAAUCUACGAAGAAACAAGAGGUUUUUAAUACUCCAAGGAAAAGAAACCUGAAUUAAAUUUUAGUUAUAUACUAAUCAUAAAGUUCUCUCUCUUCAUAACUCUCUCUCUCUCUCUCUCUCACUCUCAAUGCCUUUCUUUAAUGUGGAUGCAAGUUCUAACCACUAUCCCCAACACCCACUUCUCCGCAUGUGAUCACCGACACACACACACAAUGGCUACCGGAGAUAGAGCUAUGCUUCUCGUUUUGCUUCUACUCUUCACUGUGAUCUCUGUUGUUCGUUGUGUUACUGAUCCAUCUGAUGUUCAUGCCCUUCAAGUUUUGUAUACUUCACUAAAUAGUCCUUCACAGCUAACCAAUUGGAACAAUGGAGGUGGUGAUCCAUGUGGAGAGUCAUGGAAAGGGAUCACUUGUGAGGGCUCAGCAGUUUUCUCUAUAGAUAUAUCGGAUCUAGGAGUCUCUGGCACUCUUGGAUACUUGCUCUCAGACCUUAUGUCACUCAGAAAACUGGAUGUUAGUGGGAACAGCAUCCAUGACACACUUCCAUAUCAAUUGCCACCGAAUCUCACAAGCCUAAACUUGGCGAGAAACAACCUAAGUGGAAACCUUCCCUACUCCAUAUCUGCUAUGGCAUCUCUUUCUUACAUGAAUGUAAGUGGUAAUUCACUUUCCAUGUCGAUAGGAGAUAUAUUUGCCGGUCAGAAGUCACUUUCUACAUUGGACCUUUCUCAUAAUAACUUCAGUGGCGAUCUUCCUAGUUCCUUGAGUACACUGUCUCAACUUUCUCUUCUUUAUGUCCAGAACAAUCAGUUGACAGGUACCAUCGAUGUACUCUCCGGUUUGCCUUUGACAACUCUGAACGUUGCAAACAACCACUUCAAUGGAUCCAUACCUAAGGAGCUUAGCUCUAUCAAGACCUUAAUAUAUGAUGGUAACUCCUUUGAUAACGCUCCUCCUGCAUCUCCUCAACCAGAAAGACCAGGCAAAAAGGGGAAACCUUCUUCUUCUGGUUCCAAGAAACCCAAAAACAUCCCUGACGCUAAAGACAAGUCUUCUUCUGAAUCUUCUUCUGACGACAAGGGUUUGUCUGGUGGAGUGGUCACCGGCAUAGUCUUCGGUUCUCUGUUCGUUGCUGGUAUCGUAGCACUUGUUCUUUACUUGUGCUUUCACAAGAAGAAGAAAAGGAAAGUUGGAGAAAGCACAAGAGCUGCUGGUUCUCACAGAAGUCUACCACUCAGUGUAAUACCUGAAGUGCAAGAGCAGAGAGUUAAAAGUGUUGCACACUCCAAGUCAUCUUCACCUGCACCAGAUAAAGUAACGGUCGAUAAGGUUAUGAAAAGCGGGUCUAUAAGCAGAAUGAGAUCUCCCAUCACUGCUUCGCAGUACACCGUUUCAUCUCUUCAAGUAGCGACGAACAGCUUUAGCCAAGAGAACAUCAUCGGCGAAGGCUCUCUAGGACGUGUCUACAGAGCAGAGUUCCCCAACGGGAAGGUAAUGGCGGUUAAGAAGAUUGAUAACGCAGCGCUCUCGUUACAAGAAGAAGAUAAUUUCUUGGAAGCCGUUUCGAACAUGUCGCGUUUGAGUCAUCCGAACAUUGUUCCCUUGGCUGGAUACUGCACCGAGCACGGCCAGCGUCUUCUGGUGUAUGAGUACGUUGGGAAUGGGAAUCUAGAUGAUAUGCUGCAUUUGAAUGAUGAUAGGAGCAUGGCUUUGACUUGGAAUGCUCGUGUUAAAGUUGCACUUGGAACUGCCAAGGCUUUAGAGUACUUGCACGAAGUUUGCUUGCCUUCCAUUGUACAUAGAAACUUCAAGUCAGCGAAUAUAUUGCUAGAUGAAGAACUUAAUCCUCACUUAUCAGACAGUGGUUUAGCUGCUUUAAACCCCAACACUGAGAGACAGGUUUCAACUCAAGUGGUGGGUUCGUUUGGAUACAGUGCUCCAGAGUUUGCAUUGUCAGGAAUCUAUACUGUGAAAAGUGAUGUGUACACUUUUGGAGUGGUCAUGCUUGAGCUCUUAACUGGUCGGAAGCCUCUUGACAGCUCGAGAACGAGAGCAGAGCAGUCACUAGUGAGAUGGGCUACACCGCAGCUUCACGAUAUAGAUGCUUUGUCUAAAAUGGUCGAUCCUUCUCUUAAUGGCAUGUAUCCAGCUAAGUCACUCUCUCGUUUUGCGGAUAUCAUUGCUCUCUGUAUUCAGCCGGAACCAGAGUUCAGGCCUCCAAUGUCAGAGGUGGUGCAGCAGCUAGUGAGAUUGGUUCAACGGGCAAGUGUAGUCAAAAGAAGAUCAAGUGAGGACACUGGAUUUUCUUACAGGACACCUGAGCAUGAGCACAUGGAUAUCUCUUUCUGAGUAAUACAACUACUCCAAGCAGCUCUUGAAACUCAAGAGGGAGAGAGUUUUGCUUAGAGUUACAUGAGAGAGGUAAAGAACGCAUCAUGGUUCAAACCCAAAAGGAUAAAACUUUGUGUAUUUCUGUGAGGAUAAUACUAGAGUACAUAAGAAGAGUCUCUGCAUCUUUUGCGAUCAUCUUUUUUCUUCUUCUUUUUGUAAUGAAUCUGAGACUUUAAAGGUUUUUUUUAGCCUUGCA